CUGAUGUGCAAUUUUGGGGAGAUUGUCGGAAUCCUGAUCCCCACCGUCCAUGGACUGCGGCGGCAUGCUGUCUUCACACCUAUCAGUCAAACCCAGUUCUUCAGGUAUCUCUCUCUCCUCAAAUUCGUUUUCUUCGUAAGCAAGCAUUCUUCUUCUUUCUUCUAUAAAACUCCUUGAGCAGAGGUGUCUCUCAGAAUAGAAGAUAACUAAUCACAGCCGACCAAAGAUGUCGAGUGAGAUCUGGGUCGUUCCCUUUUUCGGGCUAGGCCAUCUCCUCCCCUUCAUGGAGCUAUGCAAACACAUCGCCUCCAGAGGCUUCAAAACCACCCUCGUCAUCUCCUCCAACCUCUCCGUCUCCAUCCCCUCCUCUUUCACCCAACACCCUCUCAUCCAAACCCUCGAAAUCCCCUCGCAUCCGCCUCAGCCUCCUCCGCCGGGCUCCGACCCCAUGCUCCAGCACCGUAGACACCACAGCCAGAUGGGUUCAGGCCUGGUAGAACUCCUCUCGACCCGACCCGACCCGGAUAGACCCGUUUGUGCCAUCCUCGACGUCAUGCUGGGCUUUGCCUUUGAAGUUUUCCAAAAGUUUCAGAUUCCAACGGUUGCUUUCUUCACCUCCGGCGCGUGCUCUGCGGCCAUGGAGUACGCCACGUGGAAGGCCAACCCCGAAGAUAUUCGACCCGAUGAGGUCCGAUUACUCCCCGGGUUACCUGAAGACAUGGCGCUCACGUAUUUGGACCUCAAACGACGGCCUCAUGGGCCACCUAGGCCUCCACCGGACAGUGGCGGCCCACCUGGUUUGGGUGCUGGUUUUCCUCCACCGGACAGUGGCGGCCCACCUGGUAUGGGUUCUGGUUUUCCUCCACCGGACAGUGGCGGCCCACCUGGUAUGGGUUCUGGUUUUCCUCCACCGGACAUUGGCGGCCCACCUGGUUUGGGUGCUGGUUUUCCUCCACCGCCGGGUCUUGGGUCGAAGAAAAUGGGCCCACCCGAACCUGGUAACCAGCCACCGUGGAUGGAGGAGGCGGGGUUCGCAAUCGCGUUGUUGAUCAACACGUGUGACGAUCUGGAACGUGCAUUUAUCGACUACAUCGCUCAUCAAAUCGGAAAACCGGUCUGGGGCGUGGGUCCGCUUUUGCCUGAGCAAUACUGGCGAUCCGCAGGCUCACUUCUUCACGACCGUGAAAUAAGAACCAAUCGACGGUCGAGCAUCACCGAGGACGAGGCGAUCCAGUGGUUGGAUUCGAAGCCACGUGGGUCAGUGCUAUACGUGUCAUUCGGCAGUGAGGUGGGUCCUACCAUGGAAGAGUACUUACAAUUAGCCGGUGCCUUGGAAGAAUGGAGCGGGCCAUUUAUAUGGGUAAUCCAACCCAAUGCAGGUAGAUCGGGUCCCCCGCGUGCGUUCACUGGUGGCCAAGAGCAACCCGAAGAGGGAUAUUAUCCACAUGGGUUGGAAAGUAAAGUGGGCGAAAGGGGUCUGAUAAUACGCGGAUGGGCACCACAGCUGUUGAUACUGAGCCAUCCUUCAACGGGUGGAUUUCUAUCGCAUUGUGGGUGGAACUCUACUGUGGAAGGGAUCGGGCGUGGGGUCCCCUUUUUGGUGUGGCCAAUCAGGGGAGACCAAUAUUAUGAUGGGAAAUUGGUGGUGUGCCAUCUGGCGGUGGGGUACAUGAUUGCUGAUGAUCCAUCGCAAAAGAUCAAGAAGGAAGAUAUUGUGAAGGGAAUAGAGAAACUGAUGGGUGAUGAAGAUGUGAAGAAGCGAGCAGUGACGCUUAGCACUAAAUUCCAGCAGGGCUUUCCAGCGACUUCAGUGGCUGCUUUAGAUGCUUUUAGGGAUUUUAUUAACCACAAACUUGAUGCUUAGGCUAACUAUCUGACUAUAUAUUUUAAUUAAAUAAAUAAAUAAUUGUUUUAGAGUUUUCACAAAGAUGUUUUGAGUUAUAGAAUCUUGGAUUGUUUUUGUUAAAUUUCUUGGAAUUUAUUCUAUGAGCAUUGGAUAUUACCAAUUCGAAUUA